AUGGCGGCGAAGAACGUCCUGCGGCGGGCGAUGCUCUAUGUCCCCGGAUCGUCCCAGCGGUUCCUUGACAAAUCCCGUUCCCUGACUGCCGACUGCGUCGCGUACGAUCUCGAAGACAGCGUGACGCCGGGCCUCAAAGCCGAAGCACGCAUUGCGGUCCGCCGGGCCCUGGACCAGGAGUUGCCGCGGGGCAUCAAAGAGCGCGCGGUGCGGAUCAACAGCGUGGGCUCGGGGCUGGCGCUGGCCGAUCUCCAAGAGGUGGUGAAGUCGAAGAACCUGACCACGCUGGUCGUGCCCAAGGUCGAGGGACCCAGCGACCUGACCUUCAUCCGAGACGUGCUGGAACACAGUCGCGCCGGCGAAGUCGGUGUGCUCGCGCUGAUCGAGAGCGCAAAGAGCGUGCUGAGCCUGAACGACAUCUGCCGCGCCGCGCCGGGCCUGCUGCAGGGUCUCGUGUUCGCGGCCGAGGACUACGCGCUCGACAUGAGCAUCACGCGCACCCGGGACCUGACCGAGUUCCUGUACGCGCGCCAGGCCAUCGCCACGGCCGCGCGCGCCUACAACCUGCCCAGCACCAUCGACCUGGUCACCACGAGCUUCAAGUCCGAGGCCGACCACGAGUCGCUGAGGGCCGAGUCCGAGCAGGGCAAGGGCAUGGGGUACAACGGGAAGCAGUGCAUCCAUCCGAGCCAGGUCGGCACGGUCCAGGCCAUCUUCAGCCCCAGUGCCCAGGAGGUCGAGUGGGCCGUGAGGAUCGUGAUCGCGCAGAAACGCGCCGAGGACCUGGGCAAAGGAGCCUGGGCGAUGGACGGUAAGAUGAUCGACGCCCCUGUGGAAGGCAAGGCGAGGGCCAUCGUGGCCAAGGCGCGCCUGUGUGGGUUCGACGUCGACAGUCUGAGGGAGAAGUGGAAGGACCAGCAGCCGGAAUGA